CUCUGGAGUCGUUGUAUGGCAAUGUUCGCUGAUCAGGCCUCCAUUGUACCUUUAUAAUGCCGUUUCACGAGGAUUUGCGCCUACCUACGUACGUUGGAAACAGCGAGGAUGGCGAUGUGGGUGGACAUCUGUGUCAGGCCAUGGCAAAGCUACUUGUAUAUCACUGAUCGUGCUUCGUGUCAAGCGACUAGCAUCUAUCAGUGUGAUGGCUCUUUAUCAAAGCCUUUUGUUAUUGUGGUAAUGCCUUUCUUUAUUGUGGAAAGUCUUUGUUAUGGUGGUAAUGCCUUUUUUAUUGUGGAAAGUCUUUUUUAUUGCGGAAAGUCUUUUUUAUUGCGGGAAAGCAGACAUUGCUUCUCGCCUAUAAGUAUUCUGCCACACACUUCACAGCUUUCUUCGCCACACUUUUCUUUCACCUUUUCACUCUUUCAGCGCAAGCGACACCAUCAACAGUACCUUUUCCUAUCUUUUUCUACCUUUCGUUCAUCAUCCUUUCUCCUCAUUGCCCUUUGCCCGCAGUUCGCUAUCCAUAUACACCUUCACCCUAGAUACUAUACGCCUGUAGAAAAGUGAUCACAGCAUGGGCAUAAGAGGCCUUUACAGUGCUCUGAAGAAGCGCGGUUUGGAUCCAGUUGCCGCGGAUCCUCAG